AUGUCUAUUGAAAUCGAAUCUGCUGACGUUAUCCGUCUGAUCCAGCAAUAUCUCAAGGAAUCGAAUUUAUACAAAACCCUACAAACUUUACAGGAAGAAACCGGUGUCUCACUGAAUACGGUCGAUAGUGUUGAUGGUUUUGUUCAGGAUAUAACAAAUGGCCACUGGGAUACCGUAUUAAAAGUGACACAGAGUCUUAAAUUGCCCGACAAGAAGCUUCUGAAUUUAUAUGAACAGAUAGUUCUGGAAUUAAUUGAGUUGCGGGAGUUGGGAGCGGCGCGUUCACUGCUGCGUCAAACCGAUCCAAUGAUUAUGUUGAAACAACAGGAACCGGAACGUUAUAUACAUUUGGAAAAUAUGCUGCAGCGAGCCUAUUUCGAUCCUCGUGAAGCCUAUCCCGAAUAUAGUAGUAAAGAGAAACGUCGACAUACCAUAGCACAAGAGCUAAGCGGUGAAGUUCACGUUGUACCAUCAUCACGUCUAUUGGCAUUACUGGGCCAGGCAUUAAAAUGGCAGCAACAUCAAGGUUUACUACCACCCGGUACAACAAUCGAUUUGUUCCGUGGUAAGGCAGCAAUGAAAGACCAAGAGGAAGAAAUGUAUCCCACUCAAAUGUUUAGACAAAUUAAAUUUGGACAAAAGUCGCACGUCGAAUGUGGACAAUUUUCACCCGAUGGCCAGUAUCUUAUUACCGGCAGUGUUGAUGGUUUUAUUGAAGUUUGGAACUUCACUACCGGAAAAAUCCGAAAAGAUUUAAAAUAUCAGGCACAAGAUCAAUUUAUGAUGAUGGAACAGGCCGUGUUGGCAUUGGCCUAUUCCCGUGACUCUGAAAUGGUUGCAUCCGGUUCACAAGAUGGACAAAUUAAAGUGUGGCGUAUUAUGACCGGCCAGUGUCUGAGGAAAUUCGAUAAAGCCCAUACAAAGGGUAUAACAUGUUUGCAAUUUUCACGUGAUAACAGUCAAGUCUUGAGUGCUUCGUUUGAUCACACAAUCCGCUUGCACGGUCUUAAAUCGGGAAAAAUGCUUAAGGAGUUUAAAGGGCAUACAUCGUUUGUGAAUGAGGUAACAUUUACGCCAGAUGGACAUAGUGUGCUGAGUGCCUCCUCAGAUGGAACUGUGAAGAUUUGGUCUCUUAAAACAACCGAAUGUUUGUCCACCUAUAAACCUCUGGGCAAUGAAUUGGCCGUUAAUACCGUUUUAAUUUUACCCAAAAAUCCUGAACAUUUUAUUGUUUGCAAUCGUUCAAAUACUGUGGUUAUUAUGAAUAUGGCAGGGCAGAUUGUGAGAUCCUUCAGUUCGGGUAAAAGAGAGGGAGGUGCAUUUAUUGCAGCCACAUUAUCACCAAGAGGAGAAUUUAUUUACUGCGCCGGCGAGGAUCAGGUGUUGUAUUGUUUUUCAGUAUCAUCGGGAAAAUUGGAAAGAACUUUGAAUGUACAUGAAAAAGAUGUAAUUGGUUUGGCCCAUCACCCACACCAAAAUUUAUUAGCUACCUACAGUGAAGAUGGUCUGCUGAAAUUAUGGAAACCUUAAGUCUAUUAGUAGAAUAUGUAAGUUAAUUUUAAUUACUCCAUUA